UCUGUCCGCCACACACGUAUUCUCUGCGUUUAUUCUCUCUUCCUCUCUUCCUCCUCUUUCCACUGCCACACCUUGGUGACCUCUGCCACUCUGCCACUCUGCCACCUGACUGCUGGAUCUUCCUUCUUGUUGCUUCCAAUGCGAACCAUGGUCUUCCUUCUCUGCCUGGAACCUUGUCUGGACUCGGGCGCGGCUCCUGAUGCUUUUUUAUGCGUCGCCCCCCUCUUCAUCCGCCAACUUCUGACUGCCUGACUCCCGCUUCUGCUUGACUAAGAAGUAAACCACCGCCUGAUCCCGCAUUCCCGCCACCACUCGCCAGGCCAUGCUCACCAAAUCACAAGGUCUCGGUGGUGAACCAAACACUUGAUUGUUCAAUCUGUUUGCCUGACCUUCACUGCUUUUUGCCUCCCGUAGUACCACCUGAGAAUGACGCAUAUCCUGAUUCAUCCUAUCAAUGGCCCGGUGCUCGGAUUACUCUACACUGCCAUGUUUUCUGCCUGCCGCGCCGCCGCCGCCUUCACUCGCUGCCGCACCUGCUAUUCAUACCAUUUUACCAUCACCCAUUGUUCUUUCCCAAUUGUCCUUCCCCAUUGAAUCUCUCCAUUGACCCAUUCAAUAGUCACAAACAUCCAUUGUACUCACAUACUGACCCUAUAUCAUUCAUCGCUCUAUUGAGUUGGUUGCUGCCGCCGGGAACCAUCUGUUUGACUACAAGUAUCUUACUGUUCGCCAUUUAUCAGCACACGUUUUUACCAACCUUGAGCCACCCCUCUGAGUCCAGGACAUUGUUGCGCCUCUACCCUUUGACUCACCUCCAGAGCGCAGCGAUCGAACCGACGGAACUACAAACUCAAAACAUUCCCAACUUUGGGAUCCGCGAACGAACCCUUGCAACGACGAGGACCUUUACCACGAGGACCUCCGAUCUCGCGACGGCGCAGCAUAAAAUAUCAAUCCCCUCUCCCCCGCUCAGUCCCAUCGUUCCCCGGCCGCAAUCUGUUAAUCAGAAAGAGGUGGAUCAGACAUCACACAUGCGUGGGGACCCAGAGCCCGAAAUUCUCCUCGACUCAUCCCCGUCCGACCAGACGAACAUGGCUUCUGAAGUCGUCGUCCCGUCCAAGGAGAGAGCCAGCCUACCUUCUACAUUCAGGACCAACAUGGCCGCACUCAACCAGAACCCGUUGAUCACACCUCCCGACCCACCAGAGCACGACUUCAACGCCAUUGCUUCUCCAGGACACAAGAGCGACGACCCUGUGCUUGUGGUUGACAAGUCGGAAGUUCUCCCACCAACUCCCACGUUGUCGCGAAGCUCUUCUCAAUCCUCGUCGCUUCCCGUCCAAGGCCUCUUUGAUUCCGAACCUGUUUUGGUCCCACAGCCGAUCCUUCCACCCACCGACCUCUCGGACAGCGAUUAUGCUGAGGCGAUUCACUUGUCAUGUCGAGAUUACGACCUCAUUCUUAAGCGAUUCGCACUGUUCCGUAACAAGUGUUCCGAUUUCCUCUAUCAUCUUGAUGACCGGCCUAUCCCCGAAGAGCAACGCUGGGUUCGUGGAGAUGAGCUUGCCAGGAGAGUGGACCGCCUCCUCGAGUACCGCAUUAGCUGGUAUGAGCCUGGACUUGGAGCUGACACGGUAUUGGACCCCACGUCCUGCUCACCAGGGCCAUGGAAUGGCAUUAAGCGGUUGGCGUUUGCGGGACUUCUGAAAAAAUACCCGAUUGACGACAUGGACUCGGUUCUGAUGGACAUCAGGAAGUAUCUUUACGGCGGCAACGCAUCUUGUAUGGAGUGGAUCCCCGAAGACUCGUCUCUUCAACGUGUCUCCAGGUCUAGUGUUCUAGCUAAACUUGGCGUCAAACCAAGGCCCGCUAAAGCCAGCGAGCGACCACCUCCUCGUCCCACUGCAGUUGCCUCUCCUCAAGAAAAGAAGGUGGAUAUCGCAGUUGCUACGUUGAAGCUUGCCGAAGAACCGCUCAGUCGAACCAGAGGAGUGAAGCGCAGAUAUGCGGACGAAGAAGACGAAGAACCCCGUACUGUCGAGGUAAAGACUGUCGCAGCCAAGGAGGCAGAGGAGGUUGAGUCCAUCAAGAGCGUCAAGAAGCAAAAGGUGGUCUCGGACAGCAAACUCAAGCCGACACGGCGAAGUUCGGAUACCAAGUCGAAGAACACCAGAAACCGCAAUUCGGACAAGCCGAGGGGUCCAAGCGAGACACUCUGCCGAAACAUCAAAGACACUCUCAACAGACGCUCCGAAGACAAAAUCAACUACGAGGCCUUCAAAGACGCAAUUCUGCCGGAGAAUGGACCGGAAAUCCAUCUGUCUCCGUGCGAGUUCACGGCAGAAGAACUGAAGGACAUCCGAGAGCUUCAAGACAUUGGCGACUGUGCAGGUUUGCAUCCCGAAGAGGUCAAGCUCUGCAAACUUUUGGCCAUGAGCUCCGACUUGUACAAGUGCCAGAAGGCGCGGUGCUUCAUCGGCCUUGCAUUGUUUGUGGAAUACAACCUUGAGAAGCUCGGCGAGAACAAUCCCAAGUUCAAGGUUUUGAAUGUCGGCAAGGCCCAGUUUCAAUUGUUUGGCAAUGUGGAUGUCAACAAGCUCAGCAAAAUGUACACGACCUUCAAGAAAUGGGGCUGGGUUGAGGACAUGACGCAACAGAGCAUCCCGCAGUCUUACGUUGACCGGUUUCCGCAAGCUCAUCGUUUGGCACUCCGGAGAGAAGUUGCUGAAUACGAGGCAACCCUCCCUGUCGAGAAGCGCAUUUUCGGAGUCUGAGAGCCAUCAUUGUUGCGAUUGAGGAUUCGAGGAGAAAUGAGACCUGGUAGCGGCAACAUGUGGAAGAGUUAAUCGGAUCAAAGGGACAGGAAACAUUACAGAGGACAUAUUGACGGCGCAAUUUCACGGCAUAUUUUCAGAGGGUUGCAUGCAGGGCUGAUCCAGUCAUGGGCAACGGUAACCCAUGGCAGGGUGUUGAAGGGAUUUUGCAUCCAACGGCUGGGAAGGAACCUUUUCAUCUGCUUUCACUCAUUUGCAUUGAUACCCCACGGUGGACUACGAGGGUCACCGGCAUCUUUUAUCUUGUUGACAUCUUCGCGACUCUUGCAUACGGACAACAGUGUAUUGUUGUAUGUACAACGUCGCCGGCAGGGCUUGCGGAACAGGCUCUGCGGCUAUCUUUCAGACAGAAUGAUAUAGCAAUCUAUUUGGACAUUGAAUGG